AGAGAUCUACACAGUUGCGGAACCUACUGCCAUACUCAGCCGUCUCUCGUCUCUGCAUAUCCAGCCACAAGCAUUUCAAGUUCCAUUUCUCUUUAUCUCUGUGUAUUGAAAAAGACAAGAGCUUUGGAAUUUCUCUUUGGAACGAUAACAUCAAAGCCAUUCUAUUGGAUAUGUUUGGCGCCGGAACUGAUCCCACAAGUAUACUUCUGGAGUCGACGAUGGCAGAAAUUUUAAAGCAUCCAGAAGUAAUGAAAGAAAUUCAAGAGGAAAUAAAGGGGGUCACAAGGGGCAAAGAGAAUAUUGCAUAUGUUGAUAUAAAAAAAAUGCAUUAUUUGAAUGCAGUGAUUAAGGAGACACUAAGACUGCAUCCUCCACUCCCCUUAUUGAUUCCACGUAAAUUGACAGAAAAUGUCAAUAUACAAGGAUUUGAUGUUCUAGCCAACACAAUAGUAAUAAUCAAUGCAUGGGCCAUUGGAAGGGACCCUGUGUCCUGGGAUGAACCUGAGAAGUUCAAACCAGAGAGGUUCUUGAAUGAUGUAAUUCCAUUUGGAAUAGGUAGGCGAGGAUGUCCAGGAGCUCAAUUCGCUUUUGGCAUUGUUCAACUUGUAAUCACUAAUCUUUUGCACAAGUUUGAAUGGUCCUUGCCUUGGGGAUUGAGUGGGGAGGACUUAGAUAUGACGGAAGCUACCGGCUUAUCGAGUCAUUUAAACUCUUAUCUUCAAGUUCUUGUUACUCUGAAGAAUUUUAAUGGCCCACCUACCAGUUCCACAAAAAUAGAUUUUUAUAUAUAA